CUCAUCACUGAGAGAAACACAGAAACAAAACUUUUUCCGGCCAUGGAUCCCGACGACCCGACUUCCAUAAUCUUCAAAAAGAUCAGAACUUUAGAACCAGACAACGCCCCCAAACUCAUUGGCUACUUCCUAUUACAAGACAUGGAACAAGCUGAUUUGAUUCGUAUUGCUUUUGGUCCCGACACUCUCUUACAGACUUUCUGUCGCCAAGCCAAAUCUGUUUUGGGUCUUUCCUCAAAACCCAUUAGUAUCAAUCAGCGGCCAUUGUCUCAGUCUUCUCCAAGUAAUGGGUUCUCACAAAACCCUAACCCUAACUUCGAUUCUAGCCCAUUUCGUUACGGUUCGUCCCUUUUCGCCUCUUCUUCCGGCGAUGAGCGGCCACUUAGUAACCAUCACUUGUCGUUUCUCGACGACGAGGGUCCGUUUGGUAGUUUUCACAAGAGGAGUUUAUCUGCAAACGACGAAUCAGAGGAACCAGGGUUUAGAGGAGGAGGAGGAGGAGCCGGUUCUCGGUUUCCACAGACCGGUUUAGUUGAUGAUUUCGGUUCAUCUAGUGGUUACGUUUGCUUACAGAGAGAGGAGAUGAUGAGAAUGAAGUUAGCUCAGCAACAGAGAAUGGCUCAGUUCAUGGCUCUAAGACAAGGAGAAGAAAGUGGUUACUAUUACAGUCCAAGCAGACAUGAAAGAGAUGACUCAGUCUCUAGACAGAUUUACUUGACAUUUCCAUCUGAAAGCUCAUUCACUGAUGAAGACGUCUCUUCUUAUUUCAGCGACUUUGGAACUGUGGAAGAUGUGAGGAUCCCAUAUCAGCAGCAACGGAUGUAUGGGUUUGUUACUUUCGCUAAUGCUGAAACUGUGAGAACCAUAUUGGCUCGUGGAAACCCUCAUUUCAUCUGUGACUCACGUGUGCUGGUUAAACCCUAUAAGGAGAAAGGAAAGAUCCUUCAAAACAAGUGGCAACAGCAGCAAGUUCAACAGCUGAUGGAGAGAGGGAACUAUUCUCCUUCCUCAAUUCCUUCUUCUGGAAUGGAUCUAUAUGAAUGUCACAGGGGACCAAGGAUGUUUUCAAGCAACACACAGGAGAUGAUGAGAAGGAAAGCUGAGCAGGAAGUUGAACUCCAAAGAAGAAGGUUCUUGGCUCUGCAGUUGCCUGAGAGGGAGAAUGAGCGUGGUCUUUCUAUCGGCUCUCCUUCUCAUCUCCCUCCUCGGUUCAACCAUAGUCUUCUCUUUCAACCGGAGAGCAGCCUGGAAGAAACCACAGAAGGUGAUAGUGGUGUAGGUGAAAGCCAUCUUCAGCUCGUAGCAAACAGCAACAAUGAACGUGGCUACAGUAACGAUUUCUACAACAGGCAAGAGACAAAUCUGGAAAAUACUCUUCCUGAUAGCUUGUUUGGUUCCCCUCUUAAGUCUGAAGAAACCCGCCAAACCGAGUCUGAUACCAAGCAGUUUAAGGCAUUUUCAUCAGAUCAAUCAGCAUAGGAAUGUGGGCUCACUAUAGGUAGAAAGAAACAUUGAAAGAAAGGUAAAGACAUAAGAAGUAAUCUGAAACGCUUAAGAGGUUUUUGAACAUGGAAAACACAAGAGAGAAGGUCAAAGUGAUCAGUUUUAGGAUAAUAUGUCAUCAACAAAUAGGAUUUUACAACUAACCUCAGACAACAUAUGGAGGUUACUUACUCAGAUCAACAUAGUAAACUCUAAUUAGCUUUUCUUUUAGUUUUUUGGGUCCUAGGUCUAGUGAUGGGCAAAAGCUGCAUCUGUUACUUUUACCAUGAUUGUAUAAAAUGCAUGUGCUUUCUUGGAACUCA